AUGGCGUCUACCCAGAAGGCCACAGUCUUUCAGGUGUACAAGACAAAUAAAAAUGGGUCCAAGGUAGCAGUUUCUUCACACAGAGGGGCUGAGGUUACUACCUCCGCUCCUCAGCGGACACAUGGGUAUUAUUCCUCAAGCCAGCGAGCUGCUGCUGUCUCCCUGAGUCCUCCUCCUCCUCCUGCUCCUCCUCCUCCUGCUCCUCCUCCUCCUCCUUCUUCCCAGAAAAGAGCCGAAGCUGCAUCCACCACUCAUCAUUCAACAUCAGACUACCCACGCUCUGUGUGCCCACAGUCAGGGCCUGGCCUCUCUGCAGUCUCCACUUCACGGGGAACUGAGACCCGAACAAGAGUAGAGGUAACCCGCCAUCAUUCUCCUCAUCACUCUCCUCAUCGAAAGAACCAGUCAGUCCAGACACUGUCCUCCCAUCUCGCAGGAGUGAACCGGACUGUCAGUCCAGUCAGGGAAGAAUCAACACGAAGAACUGAGAACAAGCCAGGGCGCGAGGUUGGCUACCAUUCCUCCAUGGCCUCUGACGCAAAAUACCGUCACUUGUAUUUUACAAGAGAAAAAGAGGAGGACCCACCCUCCAAGGUCCAGAACCCCCAGGGGAUUAAAGUACCCCGUAGGGUUUCAGCUUGCCCGAAGGAUGAAGCUAUACAAACAGAGCCCACCCGAAGGACUACUGCUGAGGUCAAAUCUUCAAGAAAUGUCUUUGUCCAAGAGCAUAGUAGUCGCACGGCUAAUACCCCUCAGAUAGUUAUUAGAAAGAUCCCUCCCCAGGAGCCAGAAGUUGGUCACAGCUCAGUACUUUCAGAACCUAAGACCUCGCAAAAGACCACGAAAUUGUCAACAGGCCUCAAAUUUUCUGUUUUUAGAGAUUUAGAUGGGGCACCACGAGCUCCUCCCCCUCGACCAGAGCGUUCUUUCUGUAUUGAGACGAAGCCCCCAAAGAUUUUAAUAUCUGAAACGGAGCCCACUGUGAGGUCCCCACCCCGAGAACGUGAGGUCGGACGCAAGGUGACCAUCUCCCCAGGAAAACAGUCAAUGCAGUCACCUCAUCGUGUGACAUGUCGAACAGUGUCUGAAGGAACCUAUAAGUCUCCCCUAUAUUCAGAGCUUUCUCCAAAGCCCUCUACCCAAGCCACUGCAGCCUUUGAGUUGACCCCUCGGCCUUUGCCCCCUCGGUCCUUACCUAAGUAUGGGCCUGAUUGCUCAUGGUGGACCUUACUGAAUCCUAAAGUUGAAACACCCCAAAACCAAUCCAUAUUUGAUUUUGAACCUAAGUCGCCUCCCUUCCUAGACCCUUUAGAGUCCUUUUAUGAAAUGGACUCAACCUCUUUCUGUGAGGACCUGAUGUUCCAGAGAGACAAAGCAAGCUUACCACCAUCCCCAAAGGAGUCUUUAUACCGGGUACCAUUGACAGAAGUGCAAAAGACCCCGAAGUGCACCAGCAAACAACCCUCUCAAGGGUUCAAUGCUUUCUUCCUCGAUGUUUCCGAGGAAAUGUACAACCGGAUCCUCUGGUGGCUGAAAGAUGAGGAGAUCAAGCACUUCCUGGAGGACAACAGUGAUGAUGCUGAACUGAGCAAGUUCGUGAAGGAUUUCCCAGGAAGCGAACCCUGCCACCCAACGGAGUCCAAGACAAGGGUGGUCAGGCCCCAGAUCUUGGAGCCAAGGCCCCAGAGCCCAGACCUCUGUGAUGAUGAUGUGGAGUUCAGAGCCACGUUGUGGUCCCAGCCCUCUGACAGUCAGCAGUACUUCUGUCCCCCAGCCCCUCUCAGCCCUUCCUCCAGGCCCCGCAGUCCAUGGGGCAAGCUUGAUCCUUACGAUUCCUCUGAGGAUGACAAGGAGUACGUGGGCUUUGCAACCCUCCCCAAUCAAGUUCAUAGGAAGUCUGUGAAGAAAGGCUUUGACUUUACCCUCAUGGUGGCAGGAGAAUCUGGUCUGGGUAAAUCCACUCUUGUCAACAGCCUCUUCCUCACUGACUUGUACCGGGAUCGGAAACUGCUAGGUGCGGAAGAGAGGAUCAUGCAAACUGUGGAGAUUACUAAGCAUGCGGUGGAUAUAGAAGAGAAGGGAGUGAGGCUGCGACUCACCAUUGUGGACACUCCGGGUUUCGGGGAUGCAGUCAACAACACAGAGUGCUGGAGGCCCGUGGCUGAGUACAUUGACCAGCAGUUUGAGCAGUAUUUCCGAGAUGAGAGUGGCCUGAAUCGCAAGAACAUCCAAGACAACAGGGUGCACUGCUGCCUGUACUUCAUCUCACCCUUUGGCCACGGGCUCCGGCCAUUGGAUGUUGAAUUCAUGAAGGCCCUGCAUCAGCGGGUCAACAUUGUGCCUAUCUUGGCUAAGGCAGACACACUGACACCCUCUGAAGUGGACCGAAAGAAAUGCAAAAUCCGGGAGGAGAUCGAGCACUUUGGAAUCAAGAUCUAUCAGUUCCCAGAUUGUGAUUCUGAUGAGGAUGAGGACUUCAAAUUACAGGACCAAGCCCUAAAGGAAAGCAUCCCAUUCGCGGUGAUUGGCAGCAACACUGUGGUAGAAGCCAGGGGGCGGAGAGUUCGAGGCCGGCUCUACCCUUGGGGCAUCGUGGAAGUGGAAAACCCAGGUCACUGCGACUUUGUCAAGUUGAGGACAAUGCUGGUGCGUACCCACAUGCAGGACCUAAAGGAUGUGACCCGAGAGACACACUAUGAGAACUACAGGGCACAGUGCAUCCAGAGCAUGACCCGGCUAGUAGUGAAGGAACGGAAUCGCAAGGACAGAUCCAGAAACUGAGAAGCUCAUCCGGAGAAAGAUGAAGAGCUGCGGCGGAUGCAGGAGAUGCUACACAAAAUCCAAAGACAGAUGAAGGAGACUCACUAACUGGCUUUUGGACCUGAAUAUUUAAAUCUCUUCUACCAGCCCACGCUGGCCUCUCUCCCUGCAUCAGCUCUGCUCAGGCCCCCUGCAGCUCCUACCAGUUCGCCUUAUAUCCCUGCUGACUUCUCAGAGACUCAGAGGAAAUAAACUAACCUAUAUGUGGC